AUGCCAAUAACGCAUAGCCCACAGGGGUCGCAAGGGGCUAAGUCGCCCAAUGAUAAAGAUGCAAGUGAUAGUGAAAGUGAAAGUUUCCAUGGUUUCGAUGAAGGCGCGAAGCGCCCUUCUACAAGUGCUGUUGACAAAAGGAUAACGGUUCUUUCUCGUCAACAAUCUCAAGCGCAAGCGAAGAUUCAGCGUAUCGCUGCGAUGAUAGAAGAUUCGAUAGUUCCGCUUGCCCAGCUCAAUGUGUAUGUGAAGUGUGUAGAGUCAGCAUAUCAGGAGUAUUGUUCUUUCCACAACCAAUUAACAGCGGUUCUUUCCAAUGAAGAAAUGGAUGAACAUGAUACGGAUUACGCUAUUUUUGAGGAAACAUAUCAUCACGUGAUGAUUCGACUGGAAACCUUAAUCCUAGAGAAGAGGAAUUAUGUUGAGCCGGCUCCGCCGCAAGUGGUCAUCCGUCAGCAGCCUCUCAAGGCACCGGUCCCAACCUUUAAUGGACUUUACGAGAAUUGGCCAAAAUUCAAGGCUACCUUUCUCGACAUCAUGUCUCAGUCCAAUGAUAGUGACGCUAUCAAGCUAUAUCAUUUGGACAAGUCGCUUGUAGGAGCUGCUGCAGGGAUACUUGAUGCCAAAACGGUGAAUGAAAACAAUUACGCACACGCUUGGGAGAUACUAAACGAACGCUUUGAGAAUCCACGAGUGAUAAUUGACAAUCACAUCAAAGGUCUGCUAACGAUGAAAAAGAUGUCAACCGAAUCACAUCGAGAGCUGCGUCAACUACUCGAUAGCUGUACAAAGCACAUAGAAAAUCUCCGGUACUUCAAGCAUGAGCUGACAGGCAUCUCCGAGCUAAUGGUGGUUCAUUUAAUUUCGGCCAGCAUGGAUCGAAACACGCGAAAGCAAUGGGAAGGAACAAUUGCGAAGGGUGAGUUGCCAAGCUACGAUGGCACAAUCACAUUCCUGAAAAAACAGUGCAACGUACUAGAAAAUUGCGAAGAGGUAGUUAAGUUGCCAAGUAGUUCCAAGUUAGUACAGAAAUCAGCAUUUUCCCCGAGAGUAACCACGAAUGCAGCUACAGACAGUGUUAGCGAGUUGUGUGAUUUCUGUAAAGGUGCUCAUAAAAACUUUCAGUGUGACAUCUUCAGAGGCAUGAAUGUAUCGCAACGUGUUGAGAAGGUGCGUGAAUUAGGCAUGUGCUUCAACUGCCUCCGGAAAGGGCAUCGUAUAAAAGAUUGUCCCUCCGAGCGUAAGUGCCAAAAAUGUCGAAUGCGUCAUCACACGCAGCUGCAUGAUGAUAGCGUGUGGAGAUCAUCGAGAUAUCAGAAAUCAAAUCCAUCAGUUACCGGUAAGCCACAAUUUGAUCGUUCUCCUGUACUAGCAUCCAGUGCAGAAAUUAAUACUAGCGAUGCUGUAGCAACAACUUGUUCAAUCGCCAAGUCCAAUGCUAAGCGGACAGUCAUGCUUUUAACGGCAAUGGUCAACAUCGUCGAUCGUCGAGGCAAGGCUCAUUCUUGUCGCGCUUUAUUAGAUUGUGGAUCGCAAGUCAACCUUAUCUCCAAACGAAUGGUUGAUUUGAUCGGUUUGAAAACUUUUCCCACCAGUGUUUUGAUUGCUGGUGUUAAUAACAAGGCAAGCAAAAGCGACAAAAAGGCCAAUGUGGAGAUUUUGUCAACCAACAACGAUUUUCGAACAGUCCUAGAAUGCAUCGUAACACCGUCAGUAACCGGUUUAAUACCAAGCUCGUUUAUUGAUACUCGCAACUGGUGUAUACCUCCAGAAUUCCAGUUAGCCGAUCCUUAUUUCAACGCUCCGCAAGCGGUCGAUUUGCUUAUAGGUAACAGUCAUUUCUUUGCAUUGCUGAAACCAGGUCAGCAUAAGCUUGGAGCGAAUUAUCCAGAACUCCGCGAAACUCGACUUGGUUGGGUUGUAACUGGAGAAGUAUAUGAGCCAUUAGUCGAAGCUGACUCCGUGUAUUCUCAUAAGAUAACCGUUGAAGACGUUCAUAAAGCUAUGCAACGUUUCUGGGAAAUAGAAGAUGUCGCCGAAGCACCAGUUUUGUCUUCAGAGGAGCAGGAAUGUGAGGAGCAUUUUCGUGCCACGCAUAAGCGUGAUUCUUCAGGACGGUUUAUCGUUCAGCUGCCGUUGAAGGAGAAUGUUGUUCAUCUGUCCAACUGCCGAGAUCUUGCAUUAAAGCGAUUUUAUAUGCUAGAACAUCGUCUUUCUCGUAACUCAGCGCUUCGGGAGCAAUAUGUAAAAUUCAUACAAGAAUACGAAAGUCUUGGCCACUGCAAGCAAGUUGACGAGCGGAAGGAUCUUCCAGCUCAGCGAAAUUGUUAUUUGCCUCACCAUGCCGUAAUUCGUCCAGACAGUACUACGACAAAAUGCAGGGUUGUUUUCGACGCAUCUGCUAAGCCUUUAAGUUCCAGUUUGUCUUUAAAUGAUGUCCAAAUGGUAGGUGGUACUGUUCAAUCUGAUUUGUUCUCCAUAGUAUUACGGUUCCGUAAACAUAAAUAUGCAUUCACCGCAGACAUUAGCAAAAUGUAUCGCCAAAUUUCUGUAGAUUCUAGCCAAACCAGUUUGCAAAGAAUCUUCUGGCGAGAAGGUUCAGAAUUACCCUUGAAGGUUUUAGAAUUGACGACAGUAACAUAUGGAACAGCAAGUGCUCCAUUCCUAGCGACACGAUGCCUGAAGCAGCUAGCAGACGAUGAAAUAAAUAAUUAUCCAAUGGGAGCUGCUACUGCAAUGAACGAUUUCUACGUUGAUGAUGUCCUUUCAGGCGAUGAUACAUUAGAAUUGGCAUUAGAGCGACAAAGGCAGGUCAAGCAACUAUUAGCAAGUGGUGGUUUUCCAAUCCAUAAAUGGUGCUCGAAUUCGGACGAACUACUGGCAUAUAUUCCUGCUGUCGAACGGGAACAAAAAAAGGUUUUAGCAGACACCAACACGAACACAGUUAUUAAGGUUUUAGGAAUAAUGUGGGAUCCGCAGUUUGAUCAGUUCAUGUUUUUAUCGAAGCCUUCUGAAGCGAAUCAAUCCUUUGAUGUGCCGACCAAACGGAUAAUAUUUUCUGGAAUCGCGAGAUUAUUUGAUCCGUUAGGACUCGUUUCUCCCGUAAUUGUAUUGGCUAAGAUACUGAUGCAAGAUUUAUGGCGCAGCAAGGUCGGUUGGGACGAACCAGUCGACAUAGAGCACCAGUUAAGAUGGAAACAGUUCCAGAACGCUCUUCCUCAACUUAAUGAUAUUCGCAUUCCAAGGCGCGUAAUUUCAGACGACUGCAGUGUUCUUGAACUUCAUGGAUUUGCUGAUGCUUCCGAACAGGCGUACGGAGCAUGUGUUUACGUCCGCAGUAUUCACUCCAAUGAGUCGGCGCAACUACAGCUGCUUUGCAGUAAAUCAACCGUAGCACCAUUGAAAAAGGUAACAAUACCCAGGUUAGAGUUGAGCGCAGCACGGUUACUUGGUCGCCUCGUCGCCAAGGUAUAUCCGACCAUAAAUAUUUCUUUCCAGCAAGUGGUUCUUUGGUCAGACAGCCAAAUUGUUUUGAGCUGGUUGAAGAAACCUACCGAAAGGCUAGAUAUAUUCGUUCGUAAUAGAGUAGCCGAGAUACAAUCAACAACACGUGAUUUUUCCUGGAAGUAUGUACGCUCAUCGCAGAACCCUGCCGACAUUCUUUCUCGAGGUCAAAUGCCCAAGGAGCUAGAAAAUAACACGUUAUGGUGGUAUGGACCAUCUUUUCUUGCGUCAGCAUAUGAUCAGUUGUCGGACCCAGUAGAACUUCCAAACAGUGAACUUCCAGAGAUGAAAUCUUUAGUCACCGCCCUACCUGUAACGAAGGAACAACCAUUAGCUGUGUUUUCAAAAUAUAGUUCAUUUAGAAAAUUGCAACGAAUCAUCGCUCUGAUGCUGCGAUUUAUUCAUAACUGCAAGCAACGAGAUCCAGCGGCACGAGUCUUCAAGGAAUUACCAACAAUCGACGAACAAAGAAAGGCGUUGCUUGUGAUCUUCAAGGUUGCUCAAAAGCUUGAGUAUAGUGAUGAAAUUGGGAGAGUAAAAUCUGGUACGAUGUGUAAGAAACUAGCCGCUCUCGGUCCGAUUUUAGUGGACGGAUUGCUAAGAGUUGGAGGGCGAGUUCAACACUCUAAACUUCCAUUUGCUUCUAUGCACCAAAUCAUUUUGCCCAAUAAUAGUCCUAUUACCAGAUCCUUUAUUCGCCAGUUACAUGUUGAGCACCUUCAUCUAGGUCCAACAGGUUUAUUAAACGUUCUUCGGCGAAAUUACUGGGUAGUUAAUGCUAAUUCCACCCUCCGCUCAGUGACAAGAGCCUGCAUUAAAUGUUUCAGGGUGCGACCGACAGAAACAUCGCAGUACAUGGGUAACCUUCCUGCCUAUAGAGUAACGCCCGCACCGCCUUUCGCUGUAACCGGUGUGGAUUAUGCUGGACCAUUUUUUAUCAAACAAGGUGUACGGAAGGGAGCUACAGUGAAGGCUUAUAUUUCAGUUUUCGUAUGCAUGGUUACACGAGCAAUACAUUUGGAGUUGGUGUCAAGCAUGUCAACUAAUGCGUUUUUGGCAGCCCUUCAGAGGUUCAUCAGUCGUCGAGGUAUCGUUCAGCAAUUGCAUUCAGAUAACGGUACUAAUUUUCGUGGCGCUUCACAUGAAUUAAAUCAGCUGUACCAGAUGUUUCAAAGAGAGCAGCAAGCACAUAAUAUCGAAUAUUUCUGUUUGUCAAAGGCUAUUGAUUGGCAUUUCAUACCACCGGAUGCUCCAGAGUUUGGUGGUUUGUGGGAGGCAGCAGUAAAAAGUACCAAGAUUCAUUUAAAAAAAGUAUUGGGAAACACAUCUCUCAAUUUCGAACAAUUUGCAACUGUUUUGACGGAGAUUGAAGCUGUCCUGAAUUCACGUCCUCUCUUCGCAACCACAUUGGAUCCGGACCAGAUUAAAAUAAUAACACCGGCAGACUAUCUUAUCGGUCGUCCACUGACGGCAAUUCCGGAGCCCUCCUUAGAGAACAUUAAGGUUAAUCGAUUGGACAAAUGGCAGCAUUUACAGAUGUUACGAGAACAUUUCUGGAAGGCCUGGAACAGGGACUAUCUUAGCAGUCUUUAA